UGUUGAACAUUCUGUGCUUUCCUCCAAGUCGUUUUUGAUUCUUUUGUCGUGUUUAUAUUGAAUAAUUCGGACAUUUUCGAAAUUCAAAUUAAAAGCUUUUUAUUUAGUAUAAAAAAUGAUAUUCUGACAUAGGAAAGAAAACGAUAAAAUGAGCAAUAACGUAGAGAGCGAUAGAUCAAUCUCUACAAGCAAAAUGUAUCCCAUUGACUUGGCUCCCCAGAAGAUAACUAUCGUAAAGAGUGUACCCAAUACUGAAGUUAAAAUGGCUCAUGUGAUGCCUUGUCAGCCAAAGACAACGAGUUCUGGCCAAAUAUUGACGCAUGCUAGUCCAGUGGGUUUGUUGCGUCCAGCCGCUCAGAUCAUUACUCCAAGCGUCGCUUCUCAACAACAAAUGAUUGUAAGUGGUUCACCUAUACAUCAAAACCCACAAAUAAUAUCUCAAGGACAAAGUAAUCAGAUUAUAUCUCAGCCCCAAUUGAUUAGUCCGAGUGGGCAGCUCUUAAGUCCAGGAACACAGAUUAUUAGCCAAGGCACCCAAUUGUCAGCACAAUCAACAAACAAUAAUGUCCAAACUUCUGUGGCACCGAGCAGUGCAACACAGGUAUUAAAUGUGGGAGGGCAGUUGAUGAGUGGACAAGGCAAUCUCGUUGUUAAUCCAUCUGUGCGCACUUUGCCUCCUGUUAGACUAUUGCCUCCACUGCCUCAUCAUAACACCAGACCAGCUGUAUUAUCAAAUGUGAGCACUGCUGGUGGUGUACUUGUUAGCAAAGGAGUUAGUGUCACAAGUCAUGUCCCUCAUGUCCCCCGCGGCCUUGCCGCUGGCGCGUCUCUCGCUAUCCGACAAGUUGCACCCACACCUGCUCCUCAGCAACUGGCGUCUGGUAAUAGUUGGUCAGGAGUUAACCGCGGACCUAGGGGAGUGCUAUAUGGUACGCGGGCACCACCGCCUCGAGCGACCACACCUCGCCCGACUGCUCCCACUUCCGCCCUCGCUCCCGCCUCCGCUCUCGCUACAGCCUCCAUGUCAAUAACACCACCUAUACCGGGGUCACAAUCGAGCUUCGCAGCCGCAUCUACGUUACCAUUGCCCUCAGCUGCCUUGUCUACUGCACAGCCGUCUCAUUCUGCUAUUAUGACAUUGGCAACGACAUCUGUACUGACUUCUGGCGGCGUGAUCGCAGGCACCCGUAACGCUCCGCGGGCCCCCACGCCGACGCCGGGCCCCGCCGCCGGCCCGGCCGCCGCCGCCGCCGCCCCCCCCGCCGGCCCCGCUGCCCCCGCCGGCCCCGCACCCCCCGCCGGCCCCGCCGCCACGGUUGGCAGUGCCAGCGCCAGCGUCAAUGUAGUUCCCUCCGCCCGACCUUUGCCACUUCUGCAGAGGAACUAUCAGUCGAAGGUGGUGGGCGUGGCGAGCGUGGGCGUGCGCGGUGUGGUUGGCAACAGUGCGCCCACGCAACUCUACUACGAGGUACCACGCGCGCUGCCACCGCUCGCACUACACCACCAGUCCUUGCACCAGCACCCGACGCCCGCACAAGUCAGCGUGGUAAAUACUGUCUCAUCAAUACCGCCACCAGCUUCCAUCACACCUGUGCUUCCCAGACCGUCUAUACUGAGAAAGCGUGACAUAGAUGGGUCACCAACGAAGACAGGUCAGCUAGUGGGGUAUGGACGAGAAGGGACGGGUUGGGAGGACGUGCCCACCGGUGGUACAACAGCUGGUGCAGGCUCAGGUGGUUCUACCACCAUCUCAGCGUCGUCCUCGCCCGCGCCCGACGACGACGCUGACCCGCCGCGCAUAGACGCCGACGUCUCGCCCAGGAAGAAGCCGAGGAAACAGAUAUUAAGCAGUGAAGUUAGACAGUGCGAGUUCCCGGCAGAAGAAACACCGCCUCCACCCUCUCCUUCUCCAGUCACUGUCAACCCUCCACCUAAACGACCACUGCUGAGCUCGAGCUACGUGUGCGGGUGGCGCGGCACUGCGCUGCACUUUGUGCGUCCGGCUGACGUGAGACGUCGCGAGCCCCGCGCCUCCGACAUCCUCGCCAUCGCCAGCCAGAAGCACGUCCUCAACAGCGCCGACGGCUGGAAAGUGCAUCAUCUCACUGCGCAAAUGGAUGAUUUGGUGUCAUUGGAAGCAGACGUCGGCGAGCAAUUAGCGGGCGUGUUACGAUCUCUGGAAACCGCCUCUGGACGUGCACUUCACGUAUUGCAACCACAUUCACACACAUUGUUAGAAUUAUUGAAGGGGAACAUACAAAGGAGUAAAAUAGUAUGCGAAGGCAUACAAGAAGCUCGUGAUGACAUUCUUAGAGUAUUUACACACAGAAAUUUCGUGUCAGAUAUUCUGACGCGACAAGCCGACAAGCGAUGUUUCAGAAAACACCGAUCGCAAUCGUAGCAAAACCUUGGAAUUGUAUAUUGUAAAUAGUUUAAUGUAAUAUGUACAUUUUGCGAUAAAGUAACUAAAUUGAAAGGAUUGCCUUGAAUGACUUGCAUUUUUGUGACUUAGAGUAAUUAUUUUAUUUUAUUAA